CAGCCACCUUGCACAGCUGAUAGCCGUACAGCUGUUUUAUCAGCUAUUAAAAAGCGACCCAAAAAGGUCAUUCAAAAAAACACGCAUAGCUCACGUAGCGGCUAUUAAAUCUCAAAUUAAUAGCUUUCAUUUCGUAAGUUUCGCGUAUUUAUUAAGAUUAACCAAAAGACCUGAGAUAGAAACAUGGGUGAACUGAGUGGCGCAGAUAAACUAGACUACGUCAAGUCAAAGAUUGGAGAAUAUGUGGACUUUCCCAAAAAAGGCAUUGUUUUCCGUGAUAUAUUUGGUGCGUUAACCGAUGGCAAAGCAUGUGUUUAUCUGCGUGACUUGCUGGCACAUCACAUACGCAUCACAUGUCCAGAUGUGGAGCUGAUAGUUGGUUUGGAUUCACGUGGUUUCCUCUUUAACCUUCUGUUGGCCACCGAGCUGGGCACAGGCUGUGCCGCCAUUCGCAAGAAGGGCAAAUUGGCGGGCGAGGUGGUUGCCGUUGAAUAUCAACUGGAAUACGGUUCAGACACAUUUGAAUUACAGCGCUCGGCCAUUAAGCCGGGCCAAAGGGUUGUCAUUGUGGAUGACCUUUUGGCCACAGGCGGUUCUCUGCUAGCUGCCACAGCGCUGGUUCGCAAAGUGGGUGGUGUAGUGCUGGAAUGUUUGGUUGUCAUGGAGCUGCUGGGACUGGAAGGUCGUAAGAAGCUAGACUGCAAUGUACAUGCGCUUAUAAAAUACUGAACAAGCCACAACGAUGCAUUCCCCAAAUGCAUUUAGCAACGAUAUUCUUACCUCAGGAUAUCAUCAAGUGAAUUUUGUAAUAUUUGAUGGAAUUUGCUGUGGGCAUAUUUCUAAUAAUCUUAAAGGUUGUCGGAACAAACAAAUAUAGUGCAAAUAUAUUACUUAAUAUUUUUAUAUAAACAUA